AUGGAUUGUAAUCAUGACAUGUCUAUAAAUCUCAACUGGCCCCCCGCCAUUAUUCGAAAAAUUAAAUAUCUCAAUAUUUUUUUCUCCGAUAUGAGGAAACAUUUCCUAACAAUUCUUCUGACGGCGUUUAUUGCCGCCGAAGCAGCCGCGGUGAACGCUCAAAACUGCGGUUGCGAACAAGGUCUAUGCUGUAGCCGGUGGGGGUUUUGCGGCACCGGCGACGAUUACUGCGGCACGGGGUGCCAACAGGGGCCUUGUAAUCCACCGCCGGCCUUGAACAAUGUUUCGGUGGCGGAUAUCGUUACGCCGCGGUUCUUUAGUGGGAUCUUGGAUGUCGCGGAAGCUAGUUGUGAAGGGAAGAAUUUUUAUUCGAGAUCGGCAUUUCUCGAAGCUCUCGGUCCUUAUCCUCAGUUCGGGAGAAUCGGAUCCGUCGACGAUUCUAGGCGCGAAAUCGCGGCUUUCUUCGGCCAUGUAACCCACGAGACUGGACAUUUUUGCUACAUAGAAGAGAUAAACGGAGCCACAAGGGACUACUGUGAUGAAACCAACACACAAUAUCCAUGCAACCCUAGCAAAGGCUACUAUGGCCGAGGACCAAUCCAACUAUCCUGGAAUUUCAACUACGGACCAGCAGGGGACAACAUCGGGUUCGACGGACUAAACGCACCCGAAACCAUCGCCACCGACCCGGUUAUCUCCUUCAAGACUGCCGUCUGGUACUGGGUGAACUUCGUUCAACCGGUCCUAAACCAAGGGUUCGGGGCAACUAUUCGUGCCAUUAACGGAGCUCUCGAGUGCGAUGGUGGAAACCCCAGUACCGUUCAACGAAGAAUCGAGUAUUAUACCGAUUACUGUAACCAGCUCGGCGUCGAUCCUGGGCCUAAUCUAACCUGUUAGAUUUCAACUUUUUUUUAAAUACAUUUCACUUUUGAUUAUGUUUAAUUAAGAAGAUGUAACCGUAUAUUAUUGAAUUGCCUGCUG